AUGGGUCGCGAAUUACAGAAAAGAAAGAACCGCGCAAAGGUGCCGAAGCUCAAGAAGAAGCGCAAGUUGUUGCGCAAUGGCGAUAAGAAAAUCAAUGUCCUUGGAAAUCAAUUGAUUGCAGACAACUGGAACAAAAAUGAGACUUUAAUCCAAAACUACUGCCGCCUAGGGCUGACCACCCGCUUAAACGCCCCGACCGGAGGUGUCGAAAGACCUCACGGCGUCGACGCCCUCACAGCAGAUCAACUCACAUCUGACUCUCUACACAUCACCGGAACCGCCGCUAUCCCCAAUGCCAACACACUAUUCGAUCCGGAGGAAGUCCAGGUUGAACGAGACCCCAAAACAGGCAAGAUUCUGCGCGUCAUCUCAGGCCAUAACGAAGAAGAUGACGAAGAAAUCGAAGUCGCUGGACGAAAAGUCAAACGGUCGAACCCUCUAUCCGACCCUAUCAAUGAUAUUGAGAAUGGUGUUACAUCUUUACACAAGAAGGCUGGGUUAGGCACAUCAUCAACCUCAGCCUCGGAGUUUGUGCGCCAAUUGGAAAUGCGUGCGUUACAGGAAGAAGAGGCCGUUAAGAAACGCCGGCCACGACAACAGAGUAAAAGAGAGGAAGAAUGGGUUGAGAAGCUGGUUGCACGUCAUGGAGAUAACAUUUUGGCGAUGGCGAGGGAUAAGAAACUUAAUCCUAUGCAGCAAAGUGAGGGUGAUAUAAGGAGACGAGUUCGCAUAUGGAAAGAAAGACGGUCUGAUUAG